CCGUUUUAGCAAAGCCGGAAAUGAAGAGGGGCUUUCAUCUUGUAUUUUCCGUCUACGUCUGGCCGUUUUCGAACAACGGCAACAGGACCAGAUAAGGAAUAACCUAAGGAUGGAAGAAUUUGAAGAUGGCGAAGCUUCUCUGGUUGACGAUCGGAUUCAGUGUAAUAUCUGUAAAAGAUCUUUCUUCCCCAAAGUCCUGGAGAAGCACUCAAAAAUCUGCCAAAAAUCAGCAACUAAAAAGAGGAAGGUUUUUGACUCCAGCAGACAAAGAGCUGAGGGAACAGACAUCCCCGUACUGAAACCCAUCAAACCAAAGUCACAAAGUUCAUCUGCUACUGAAAGAGCAGAACCCCCGAAGAAGCCGUCAAAUUGGCGCAAGAAACACGAGGACUUCAUCGCCACCAUCCGGGCUGCAAAGACCAUCGGUCAGGUCAUAAAAGAUGGAGGACCAUUACCCCCACCUCCUCCUCCUACUUAUGACCCAGACUAUAUCCAGUGUCCUUACUGUCAGCGGAGGUUCAACGAGAGUGCAGCUGACAGACACAUCAAAUUCUGCCAGGAGCAGGCCGCCCGAAUGCCCAACAAAAGCAAGUCAGGAGAUGCCAAAAAGCCUCCAGGUCGCACACAGUACAAGCCUCCUGCUGCUGCAAAGAAGGCCAACACCCCCGUUGUGUCAACCAUCCCUUCAGCUUCCUCUCGUUUACCCCAAAGAUCAGGCCUUGGACAGCCCACUGGAAUCCCAUCUAGUAAGGCCUCCUCAACAGGUUCAGUGAAGAAUAAUCCCUCCGGGCUCACAAGCCCACCGUCAGGUGUGGGAAGUAAAUCCCGAGUAGCAAGUUCUGGCUAUGGAUCUGUGAGGAACGCUCAGACUGGACUCAACAAGAAGAAAGUAGACUCCUACAUAUCUAGGAAUGAUAUAGAUGGCGCGAACGAUGUUGGGAACGGCGGAAUGAAGAGCAAGUUUUGUCACGCUUGUGGGACAAAGUACCCUGUUGAAUCUGCCAAAUUCUGCUGCGAGUGUGGGGUCAGGAGGAUGUGUAUUUGAUAGCAGUCAGAAGAAAACGAAAGCAGGGUUAGGAUUUAGGUAAUAAGAAUUGAGGGAAAGGUGAAAGAGUAAUUAAUUCCAUCUUUAUUUUCCCACACUGAUCUUAUUUCCUGGCAGUAAAGAUGGUGUGUGCAGUCACACUGAAUAUUAUCCAAAUUUCAUUGCAUAACUUACAAUAAGGAGUGCACUUAGCAACUGUGUUUUGCAUUGACUAGUGACCGGUUGAUCUCUGUGCCGAACAGAUUUGGUACACAGAUUAAUCUGUUUAAAUCAUGAUGUGGCUUUUACAAGCACAUCCCGUAAGUAGCUUCUCUUUCACUGCUUCAUUUGCUCACAGCAUUGCUGCUGUUUCCAUGCACUUAUAAAAUGAGCAUUACUGCCAUGAAACUACAGGUCAUAGAGGGUUUAAGAAUUUGUGAGAAAUAAAUAUUUCCAGCAAAGGAGAGUUGGUUGGUCAUUGGAAGGAAGCUAUUAAAUAUUAUGCAUCUUUAGAAGGGAGUAGAGGAAAGAUGAAUUAAAAGUGGGUUUGGAAAAAAAGAAAGGAAACAUGUUGGGUGGCUGAUUAGAGGUGAGAUUAACUGCCCUGCAUCAUUAUCGCUCUUCAGCCCUUGAUUUGAAGUGCAUUCCUCAACCCCACCUGUCUCCACAUUGAUGUGCAAUAAUAACGACUACUGAAGAAAGCAGUGUGAUUUUUUUUUUUUUUUUUUUAAAGAAAAUAGCUUCAAAUUUUUAUCUUAUCACCCUGUUUUCUUAGGAACCAAUCCAAAAAAGGUUGAGUUGUUACAGGUCAGUGCUCCCUUUAAGGUCACUUAACAGGAAAAACCUGUUAUCCCAUAUACAUUAUACCCAAAUGUAGCAUUUACUCAUUCCCUUUAUUCCCACUAGGUUUAUACAUUUAUUUAUUUUCUUAUUCCUUUUCAUUUUUACUGACUGAACAGUGAUUGUAUGGUUUUUGUUUGUUCUUUUAUGUUCUACAGAAUUAAAAUAGGUUUCAUUUGGAAUUGUGUGAAACCAAAACA